CUGCUCCGGCGGACGGAGGAGGUUGCGCAGCGGGACCAGCUGAUCCAACAAAAGGAGAGGCUCUAUGUGGAGCUCAAGGCCAUCCUUGCCAGGCAGCCGGGUCCGGAGGUGGCGGAGCAGCUCAAGGCGUACCAGGAGAAUCUGGCGGAGAAGCAGAAGCAGCUAAAGUCGAUGGCGGCCGAGCUGCACUCGAACCGACAACAGGUCACCACGAUGAAGGCAGAGCAGGAGUCGCUACUGCGCGGGCUGUCACAGCUCAAACGCGGAUACUUCGCCAAGCAGCAGCGGGCGUCCGAUGCGAGGGCGGAGACCGCCGGAGGGGAGGAGGGAGACGAAUUGUCCGUGCUCGAACGGGGAGAGCGUGGCCGAUAA